AUGGCCAGCAGCACCAGGAGCAUCGAGCUGGAGCACUUCGAGGAGCGGGACAAAAGGCCGCGGCCCGGGUCGCGGAGAGGGGCGCCCAGCUCGUCCGGGGGCAGCAGCAGCUCGGGCCCCAAGGGCAACGGGCUCAUCCCCAGCCCGGCGCACAGCGCGCACUGCAGCUUCUACCGCACGCGCACCCUGCAGGCCCUGAGCUCCGAGAAGAAGGCCAAGAAGGCGCGCUUCUACCGCAACGGGGACCGCUACUUCAAGGGCCUGGUGUUCGCCAUCUCCAGCGACCGCUUCCGCUCCUUCGACGCGCUGCUCAUGGAGCUCACCCGCUCCCUGUCGGACAACGUGAACCUGCCCCAGGGCGUCCGCACCAUCUACACCAUCGACGGCAGCAGGAAGGUCACCAGCCUGGACGAGCUGCUGGAAGGUGAGAGUUACGUGUGUGCAUCAAACGAACCAUUUCGGAAAGUUGAUUACACCAAAAACAUUAACCCGAACUGGUCUGUGAACAUCAAGGGCGGGACCACCCGAGCCUUGGCCGCUGCCACCUCGGUGAAAAGUGAAGUGAAGGAAAGCAAAGAUUUCAUCAAACCCAAGCUGGUGACUGUGAUUCGAAGCGGAGUGAAGCCCAGGAAAGCCGUGCGGAUCCUCCUGAACAAGAAGACCGCACAUUCCUUUGAACAAGUCUUAACCGACAUCACCGAAGCCAUUAAACUAGACUCAGGAGUGGUCAAGAGGCUCUGCACCCUGGACGGAAAGCAGGUUACUUGCCUGCAAGACUUUUUUGGUGAUGAUGAUGUUUUUAUUGCAUGUGGACCUGAAAAAUUCCGUUAUGCCCAAGAUGACUUUGUCCUGGAUCACAGCGAAUGCCGUGUCUUGAAGUCAUCGUAUUCUCGCUCCUCGGCCAAGUAUUCUGGAUCCAAGAGCCCUGGGGCCUCUCGUCGCAGCAAGUCACCAGCCUCAGUUAAUGGAACUCCCAGCAGCCAGCUCUCCACCCCUAAAUCUACGAAAUCCUCCAGUUCCUCUCCAACCAGCCCAGGAAGUUUCAGAGGAGUAAAGCAGGUUUCUGCACAUGGCAGAUCUUCCUCCAACAUAAAUGGUGGGCCUGAGCUUGAUCGUUGCCUGAGUCCCGAAGGCGUGAAUGGAAAUAGAUGCAUUGAAUCUUCGACUCUUCUUGAGAAGUACAGAAUUGGAAAGGUUAUUGGUGAUGGCAAUUUUGCUGUAGUCAAAGAGUGCAUGGACAGGGCCACCGGAAAGGAGUUUGCCCUGAAGAUCAUAGACAAAGCCAAAUGUUGUGGAAAGGAGCACCUGAUCGAGAAUGAAGUGUCCAUCCUGCGCCAAGUGAAACACCCCAACAUCAUCAUGCUGGUGGAGGAGAUGGAAACGGCCACCGAGCUCUUCCUGGUGAUGGAACUGGUCAAGGGUGGAGACCUCUUUGAUGCAAUUACCUCUUCAACCAAGUACACCGAGCGGGAUGGCAGUGCUAUGGUGUACAACCUGGCCAACGCCCUCAGGUACCUGCACAGCCUCAGCAUUGUGCACAGGGACAUCAAGCCGGAGAACCUCUUGGUGUGCGAGUAUCCCGACGGAACCAAGUCUCUGAAACUGGGCGACUUCGGGCUGGCCACCGUGGUGGAAGGGCCCUUGUACACCGUCUGUGGCACACCAACCUACGUGGCUCCAGAGAUCAUUGCUGAAACCGGCUAUGGCCUGAAGGUGGACAUUUGGGCAGCAGGCGUGAUCACGUACAUACUUCUCUGUGGAUUCCCGCCAUUCCGAAGUGAGAACAACCUCCAGGAAGACCUCUUCGACCAGAUCCUGGCUGGGAAGCUCGAGUUCCCAGCCCCCUACUGGGAUAACAUCACGGACUCCGCAAAGGAACUAAUCAGCCAGAUGCUUCAGGUCAACGUGGAAGCGCGGUGUACCGCGGGGCAAAUCCUGAGCCACCCCUGGGUGUCGGAUGACGCCUGCCAGGAGAACAACAUGCAGGCUGAGGUGACAGGUAAACUAAAGCAGCACUUCAACAACGCGCUCCCCAAGCAGAACAGCACCACCACCGGGGUCUCCGUGAUCAUGAACACGGCUCUAGAUAAGGAGGGCCAGAUCUUCGGCAGCAAACACUGGCAGGACGGCGGCCGGCCCGGGCCGGAGCCCGCCUCUCCGGUGCCUCCCUCCGCCCAGGAGCCCCCCGGCGCCCCGGGGUCCCCGCCGCCGCGCCCCUGCGCCCCCGCCCCGGGCUGCGAGCGCGCGGGGACCUGGCGGCGCCACCGGGACUGA